AUGGAAGCCCCCAAGGAGAUCCUCUACCACUUUGAGGAGAUGGAGGUUCAUGAGAAGGCUGCCUUCGAUGAGAUCAUCCGUCCCGCUGACAGCUACACCCCCGAUGGUCGCUACUGGGCCGAUCUGCCCAUCGGCGAGCGCAUCAGCUUCUGUACGCAGCAGGACCGUGAGGAGACCAAGAAGGAGGCCGCCUGGCUCUGGGACAUGAUCAAGACUGAUCCCCUCUCGCCCAUCUCCUACUACUUCCGCAACUUUGUCCUGCCUGGUGCUGGUCUUGGUCUGGAAGGUUACGUUCUCUUCUCCAUUUCCAACGUCACCAGUCUUUUGGAUGUCUCCUACAAGUCGUGCUGGAAGGAGUACAAGAUUUGCAACAAGAACUGGAUUGCCGCCAUCAACUAUAUGGAGGUCGCCGGUAUCAUGGUUGGUCAGGUUCUCGUCGGUUAUCUGGGUGAUGCUAUCGGUCGUCGCUGGGGUCUCAUUCAGGACGCUGUCAUCAUGUUCGUCGGUCUUCUUAUGCUUACUGCCGCCUGGGGUCUUACCCAGAACGGCUGGGUUAUCUGUUACAUGUGGGCUCUCUUCUUCUACUCCAUCGGUGUCGGUGGUGAGUACCCUAUGACUGCCACCAUUGGUAUGGAGAACGGAUACGGCUCUGGCAAGGUCACCACCUCUCACGAUCGUCUUCACCGUGGUCGCUCCGUCGUCGGUGCCUUCACUAUGCAGGGUUGGGGCCAGUUCGCCAACCAGGCCAUCCUCAUCCUCCUCCUGUUGAUCUUCAACGGUGGUCACUCCACUGGCUUCUCCCCCAAGACCACCCAGUGGGUCUACCGUGUCUCCUUUGCUAUUCCCGCCGCCGGUACUCUUUGGCUCGUCUACUACCGUAUCUACCACAUGCGCGCUGCCAGCAAGCAGCUCGACGCUCAGAAGAAGAAGGCCUCCGUCACCGGAUACGAUACCGAGUCCCUUAAGCUUACCUUCAAGUACUUCACUCCUCGUCUCAUUGCUACCGCCGGUGGAUGGUUCGCCAACGAUGUCUUCUUUUACGGUAACAAGCUCUUCCAGAGCAACUUCAUCAAGGCCAUCAGCCCCGAUGAUGACACUGUCAUGACCGGCUGGCUCUGGACCCUAGCCAAUGUUGGUGUUGAGUUGGCCGGUUACUACGGCGCCAUGUGGACCGUUGACAACAAGCUCUACGGUCGCAAGUGGGCUCAGAUCAUUGGUUUCAUGAUGUGCUUCAUUCUCUUCGUCAUCCCCUGCUUCAAGUACGACUACUACACCAGCAAAGAGCACAUCCACUCUUUCCAGGCUAUGUACUUCCUGUCCUCGUUCUUCAACCAGUUCGGUCCCAACUGUAUCACCUUCCUGGUCGCUGCUGAGGUCUUCCCUACCCCUAUCCGUGGUACCGCCCACGGUAUCUCCGCCGCCUUCGGUAAGCUCGGUGCCCUGAUCAUUGCCAUCGUUGGCUCCUACACCACCACCCAACAGCGCUUCUACAUUGUGCCUUGGUUCGGCCUGCUCGGUGCCCUUGUCACCUACCUGUUCCUGCCCGAUACCACCGGUCUGGAUCUCCGCGAGCAGGAGCGCCGCUGGCAAUACCUCCGCUCCGGUCGCGAGGAAGACUACCACGGACCCGCUGUGCACUCCAAGCACUUGUCCGUCUGGGAGCGCUGGACCGGCAAGGGCAAGUACUACGACGCUGCUCUGGACUACAAGAUGAAGGUCGAGGAGUUCCGUGGGGAGUGGGAGUCCGCCAUGGCCUCUCGCACCAACGAGUCCGAGACUGCCUCUGACAUCUUCGAUGUCGACGAGAGCAUCCUCUCCGGCAACAUGUCCAAGUACUUCGAGCGCACCAGCCCGAGAAUGGAGGCCAUGAAGAAGGAUAACAUCGAUCCUCUUGUUCUGCCCGCCGCUGCCUCUGAGGGAGAGAAGACUCUCUCGCACGAGUAA